UUAGCAGUUGCAACCAUACCUACCUUAAGCUAAAUAAUCAGUGUCUCUGCCUUCAUUCGGUGUUUUAAGGAGCCUACUUAGUCAUGACUUGACAUAUGUUGACAUUGGUUGACACCUACAAUUCAUUUCAUUCUUGGAGACAUAAUUCAUGCCUAUGAUGUCACGGCGCGGAUGCCUGAGGCCGCUUCGUUAUAUGCAUACCUACCUAGGUAUACCUACCGUGUACCUGGGCGCCUAGAGACCUACCUAGGUUCUCACCUAGACAGGGCUUUGAAGGUAGUCAGUUACUUACCGACAUACCUAGGUAACCUUCAGAUGCUCACAUUUACUACUUAUUGCUUAUACAAGAGCUCUGGAUUUGCAUCCCCAGACGACUGGGCUUUUGGCGAAGCACCCCAACACUCCAGGAUGCUUACAUAGGUCAUCUCGAUGGCGCUUGACCCGAACGACGGCUUCGCUGCCGCUAAUGGCGUACAGCUCAGCGACGGGAGCUUGCCAAUCUUCGAUAUCGAGCCAGUUCGACUGCAAUUCUCCAUUGCCGCCGAUUUCGUCGCUGCCCAGGUUGCAAAUAACGUUCUUGUUUUGGCUCUCUCGAAUGGGCGCAUACUCCGCAUCGACCUGAACAGGCCCGAAGACAUAGACGAUAUUGACCUCCCCAAACGUGCUUCCGAGGUGGGCGUCAUUUCGCGCAUGUUCCUCGAUCCUACAGCCUCGCACCUCCUCAUUUGUACCUCGUUGGGUGAGAACUACUAUCUACAUACUCAGUCGCGCCAACCACGCCCGCUUGGCCGCUUACGCGGUGUCGCGAUUGAAUCUGUGGCUUGGAACCCUUCACUUCCUACCUCUACAACCCGCGAAAUAUUGAUUGGUGCUUCGGAUGGGAAUAUCUACGAAACUUUCAUCGAGCCCUCUGCCGAAUUUUACCGUAAAGAAGAGAGAUACCUGAAGGCAUUGCACAAACUACCCGACGGACCCAUCACAGGACUAUGGGCUGAUAACCUGGGUGAUAAGGUCGAUGUCAGGAGGGUUGUCAUAUGUACACAGAGUAGACUAUUCCACCUAGUUGGCCGUGUUGGGCGGAGUGGCCAUGAAGGGAGCGGAUCCAUUUACACUAAAUUAUUUGAUAACGAAGAGCCCGUCAUUCAUGAGAUUGCACAGGGCUUAGCAACUGCUCCUUCCGCCCUUGCUAUCUCUCCAGACCCCCCAGAUUCUCCUUCAUACGACGACACAGUGCCAGAUAGAGCUUUUGCUUGGCUAUCAACACAGGGGAUUUACCACGGAAAACUUCUCACCACCUCAAGCGGCAACGACUUAGGGAACAAGGUCUAUGCCGAAGCAAAAUUACUUCCAAGGUCCCACAUUGCAUCAGCUGACACUUCCGGAAGACGUAAAAGCUCUACAGAGGUCAUUGAUGCCAUAGUCUUGACGCAAUGGCACAUAGUCAGUUUGGUCGGCGGUCGUGUUGUAGCGACGAAUCGACUUACAGACUCCCUCACACACGACCAGCAGAUCCUUGAAGACGGACAGAAAGCAUUAGGUCUCUACGUAGACCAACAAAAGAACACCUAUUGGUUGUUUACCUCCCAGGACAUUUUUGAGAUUGUAGUCAGGGACGAAGAUCGUGAUAUCUGGCAGAUUAUGUUGCAGCGGCAACAGUUCGAUACUGCCCUGCAAUAUGCUCAUACUGCUGCUCAAAAAGAUGCGGUAGCGACAGCUUCAGGAGAUUAUUUGGCCGAAAAGGGGCUCUUCAUAGAAGCUGCUGGUGUUUAUGGCAAAAGCAGCAAACCAUUUGAAGAAGUCGCUUUGUCCCUUAUUGACAAUGGCGAAAGCGAUGCGCUCAGAAAAUAUCUACUUACGAAACUCACAACAUACAAGAAAUCUAACGUUAUGCAGAGGGUGAUGAUAGCUACGUGGCUGGUAGAGGUGUUUAUGGCUAAGCUCAAUUCGCUGGACGACACUAUCGCGGUAGAAGCAGAGGCAGCUGACGAUAGACAGACAGCUCAGUCCCACCAGCAGCUUGUUGCAGUCCGAGAAGAAUUUCACAGUUUUGUCGAGAAACACAAAUCCGACCUGGACCGCAGGACAGUUUACGACAUUAUAAGCAGCCACGCGCGCGAGGAAGAACUACUAUUCUUUGCAAACUCCGUCAACGAUUACAACUACGAACUUUCGUACUGGGUCCAAAGGGAAAGAUGGACGGAAGCUUUGAAUGUGCUCAAGAAACAAACAGACCCAGACAUCUUCUAUCGCUAUAGCAGUGUGCUCAUGACACAUGUAGCCAACGAACUUGUGGAAAUCCUAAUGCGACAUACAAAACUAGAGCCUAGAAAGAUCAUCCCAGCUCUACUGGAUUACAACCGAAACUUCAGCGGCGCGCUAUCCCAGAAUCAAGCCCUUCGAUAUCUUCAAUACAUCAUAAACCAACUUCAAUCUACGGAUGCUGCUGUACACAACACACUUGUUUCCAUAUAUGCUUCUCACGAAUCUAAAGCUGAGUCUGGACUGCUUGCAUAUCUUCAAUCACAGGGUGACGAGCCUAACUUUGACCCUGACUUCGCACUUCGCUUAUGUAUACAGCAUAAGCGAACUCUAUCCUGCGUCCACAUUUACACCAGCAUGGGACAGUACGUCCAGGCUGUAGAUCUUGCUCUUUCUCACAAUGAGAUUGAGUAUGCAUCUAUUAUCGCAGAUCGGCCAACUACAGACCCACCAUUGAGGAAGAAGCUGUGGCUUGCCGUGGCACGCAAGGUGAUAUCUCAGUCAAACGGGAUCAAAGCAGCUAUCGAGUUCCUUAAACGGUGCGACCUUUUGAAGAUAGAAGACUUGAUACCUUUUUUCCCUGACUUUGUAGUGAUUGACGACUUCAAAGAGGAGAUCUGUGCUGCUUUGGAGGAUUAUUCACAUAAUAUUGAUGCUUUAAAGAAGGAAAUGGACGAAAGUUCUCAAACGGCAGCCAAUAUCAAAAUAGAUAUUGCGGCCCUUGAUCACCGCUACGCAAUUGUCGAGCCCGGCGAGAAGUGUUAUGUAUGCAGUCUACCUCUUCUCAGCCGGCAGUUUUUUGUUUUCCCCUGCCAACACGCAUUCCAUUCCGAUUGUCUAGGUCGCAAGGUUCUUGAACAGGCCGGUGUGAGCAAAAGUCGCCGCAUCAAAGAGUGCCAGAUCUCUAUCAGUAAAGGUCUCGUCAGUGGUCCUCAGAAGGAUGCUAUGGUCGCAGAACUCGAUGCUCUUGUGGCCUCUGCAUGGUGAGUGCCCGUUUCUCACAGCCGUUACCGUGGCUCUUGACAGAGAAUUGUCUCAGGCUAUCAAAGAACAGUGUUUGCUAAUGAGAUUGUAGUAUUCUGUGUAGCGACUACGCAAUCAAGAGAAUCGACGAUCCUUUUAUCGGCCCGGAUGACGAUGUACAUGAGUGGACCUUGUAACACGUAUAUACAAUUUCGACUAGCAGCGCCGUGGAACGUGUCACGGUGCUAUCAUGCAAAGAUAGUUCAACUAAGCGAUAGCAAUAUUGGUAGAGUGUCAGCUAAUUAACGCAUGUAGGGGAAGGACGAGGCAUGAUGAUGAUGAUGGUAGCAUUCUAGGUUUCGCAACCUUGAGAUUUAUGUAGAUACCCAUCAGUUGCUAGGGGUCAUUGUUUUCGAUUGAUAUCUGAAGAUGUGUAGCUAGGCAAGUGAUCAAUACUAUUCUAACGGGUGGUUUUGCUUACACUU